CUGAGCAUCGAAAUCUCCUCGGAGGAGAACAGAAUCUUCGUGCUGGUGAGAGUUUUAGGGACGCUGAGGACGCGUUAGACUUUUUUUCUUCUCGCUCACACACAACAAAAAGAAGAAGCUGGAUAACGAUGUGAUUCCUCUGGUGUGCGUUCCAAGACAGUGGCAUCAGUAAAUGAUCCAAAUGAGUCACUUCAAACUACUUAAGAAGAACUCGUUUAGAGGAGGACUGAUCCAAUUUUCUCGGCUGUAAUCGUAUUCAGCUCCCAAGUUUUCCCCCCUCACAGUUCAGCAGCCUAUUGAAAAGAAAUGAUGCGCAGUUGAUGCCUCCAAGAAGCCACCCCUAUCCUCAUAUGCCAGUGUGUCUGACUUUGGAACCUAUAUUGUUGCCAGACUCCGACCGCAGAGCAACACAAGGAGGGAGACUCCGAUGGAAAAUCAUGCAGCACUUUGAACCCAUGGAGACAUGGCACAUAGGUUCCUCUCAUCUGCGAACAGAUUCAGCGCCAGAUUCGCCUUCAUAUUCACCGUGUCACUGUCUUGCACCUACUUGUGCUAUAGUAUUAUUUUCUGCCGCGGCACAAUCAUGACAAACCAGGGCUACGAGGGGAAGCGAUGUCCGCCGAGCAAGAACGCGGGAGGGAAGAAACUUCUUGGGAAAUUAGACAAUUGCGCGUCGCUGGAAGUCAGGUCCGCUUUGGAUGAAUCCGCUGCCCAGCGAGGAUCAAGUGAUCUCCGGGACCAAAGUAAAGCCCCUGGUAAUCACUGGACUGACGCAAAGUUGAGAAACAUGAGCGUUGCGCAGAAAUAUGGGAACAAGAAGCUGCCAAAUGCGUUAAUAGUCGGCGUAAAGAAAGGAGGAACCAGGGCGGUGUUGGAGUUCAUCCGGAUACAUCCAGAUGUGCGCGCACUCGGAACAGAGCCUCACUUUUUCGACAGAAACUAUGACAGAGGGCUGGACUGGUACAGGGGACUAAUGCCACGAACACUAGACAGCCAGAUCACAUUAGAGAAGACUCCCAGCUACUUUGUCACCAGAGAGGCACCCAGACGCAUCGCCAGCAUGUCCCCCGAGACCAAGCUGAUAGUUGUAGUGCGCAAUCCAGUCACAAGAGCCAUCUCCGACUACACACAGACUCUUUCCAAGAAGCCUGACAUCCCGACGUUUGAAGAGCUGGCCUUUAAGAACGGAAGCUCAGGCCUUGUUGACACCUCCUGGAACGCCAUUCGGAUUGGGAUGUACAUUCUGCACCUGGAAAACUGGCUGCAGUACUUCCGCCUGUCGCAGAUGCACUUUGUGAGCGGUGAGCGGCUCAUAACGGAUCCGGCCGGGGAAAUGGGCCGGGUUCAGGACUUCCUGGGGCUGAAGCGAAUAAUCACAGACAAGCACUUCUACUUUAAUCGAACCAAAGGUUUUCCCUGUCUGAAGAAGCCGGAGAGCAGCAGCCAGCCGCGAUGCCUCGGCAAAUCCAAGGGCAGGACUCACGUACAGAUCGACCAGGAGGUCAUAGAGCAGCUGCGGGAGUUUUAUAGGCCAUUUAAUAUCAAAUUCUAUGAAACUGUGGGACAAGAUUUCAAAUGGGAUUGAAUGUACCAUAAAGAAAUAGUGCUGUUUUUUGUGGAAAAAUGGCUACCUCUGGAAACACGCUAAGAUAUAAAUAAGGGUAUUUUUAACAAAAUGUUUAAAAAGAUAAGUUUAUUGACCUAUGUGUACUGUAAAGUGACAAGAUUAAUAUAAAAUAAUAUGUCAUUCAGAGUUUAAAGGAUUUCACAUCAUGCUGGGUCAUUCAGGUAAUUGAAACAUAUACAAGAACCUUGCAAUAUAUACAAAUUCAACAACAGGCAACAGAUUCAUUAACCAAUUCACUAACAAGUAACCAUCACAAUGCUUUCCUGUCAUUUCACCACACCAGACAUAGAAUAAUGACACUGUUUGAAUAUUCAUUACCUAGAUUGCUUAUUUAUUCACCAUUUCCGCUGAAAGUGAACCACUGUCUUUACUGUGAAAAUGAGCACUCGACAUGAAGUCGUGGCGAAAUGUCAAAUGAAUAAUAAAACCAGUCUGUCAGUUAUUCUGCAAUGAAAUUUAUCUCCUUAUUGUUGACAGAAGCUCGUAGGAAACAGUGACAAAUUUACUGAAAAAAUGUAAAUGCGAGCAAAUAAAGGAUUCCAUUACAAACACGCUAAUCAGACUCGCUGUCACAGGGACAUGCAGGCAUUUUAACUCAAUGAUUCAUAGUGAAAUUCUUCAAAAUCAAAGCUUGCCUUAGCUGCGAUCACACUUUCAUCAGUGUGAUUUAAGGAUGUACCUGCACAUUUCAGCAGGAAUCCACCUAACUAACCACAAUACAAGUAAAAUAUAAGAUAGUUGUACUGACAAGUUUGUACUGAGCCUCUUGAAAGAAAAGAUAUUCCUUUCCAAGCGGUGCUACACAUGUCAUUGAUCUCAGUAAUUUCAAGAUUCCUUCUUUUGGUAUACUUGAUUGUGCUUGUGCUAAGCAGCUACAUUAACCUCAUGGAUUCCCACCCUAAAGCCAGUCAGAGCUGCCGUUACAAAUUUACACUGAAAGUGCAGACAAACAAGAAAUCGAGCUUUUCAAAAACAAAAAGUUAACACAAUAAUGCAACCGAAACUGUGUGUAUGCACCUUUGCAACACAAUAUAUUGCUAUGUGAAAUGUAACAGCAAAAUUACAGAUUACAGACAUGAAAAAUAAUCACUCGUCAUCUGUUUCUGAUCAAAAUCAAAUGUGACAGUGAGGAAAUAUGCAUUAUUCUUAUAACUUCAACUGAAAAUGUUUCACAGUGAUCAUCUUGAGUAUGUAAUGCAAUUAAAUGAUAUAAGGUAUUAAUACAUUAUGUAGUUUUAUAUCUGAUUUGAUAAAAGAAUGUAAGGAUAGCAUCUUGACUGAAGCAAGUUAAGCUGCUAUGCUACUGGCCAUGCUAAUUCCUGCAUAUGUGGGGUUUGAAAAAUGUUUUUGACUUCUCUUUUCAUAAGUGUUUUUUCUCUUUCAUUGUUUAAUCCGCUGCUGCAGGGCUGUGAAUUCAGCAGCCCUAUCUAGUCGCACUUAGACUAAUGUGCAAAUGUGACAAUGUGACCUUCCAUAUUAAGGAAAUGAGAUAUUCUCUUGCAUUCCGACUGCUCCUGCAGCACAUGUCCGUCGGCCAACAGCAGUAUUUAAACUGUCAUUUGUGAUAUUCGCCAUUAAUUUUUGAUUAACCUGCCAAUGCUGUCUGCAGCCGCCUGCUACUUAGUGAGCCAUCAGCAGACACGCCAGUUUAGCAAUAAGCUCAACUUUAUCUCAGCUCAGUUAAUUAUAACUUUUCCCCAAGAAUGCUUAGGGCUGGAUGACAUGACACAGAGGAAAAACUCCCACACCGUUUCCGCCAUAUGAUUCUAAAUGAACACUUUGAUGCAUUAUCCAUUCAGCAUGUGGCUUCUAUCUGAGUUUUUGGGUAACUUUUUUGGGGAAUAUCCAUGUUUGUGUAACAGAACGCAGUUUGUUGCACAUGAAAAGUGGCUCGUGCUCAUUUGCUAUUCAUACUUUCUUGCAGUAUCAAAGGCAACCUCCACCUGCAAAGUCGCAGAUGCAGCCGUUGCAAUCACAACACGCAGUUCAUUGAUCGCAUAUAUUGUAUUAACUCCUCAUUAUGACAAAACAAAGGUUCACUGGGUAACUAAAUGCUAUCUGACUGACCAUUCUAACCUUCAAAGUAAAUACCAAAGAAGCUGCUGUAAAUGUCAUGAACUUUGCAAGACUCAGAGGUAAAACACACCUCUGCUGCUCAUCAGAAAUAUCUAACAGCGUGCGCUGAAAUCCAUCACAACUGCAUUGCAUUUAUUUUCCAUUUUAAUAAAUAAAUGGAAAUAAUGAGGUGGUAUUCAAAUAUGUGUUUUGCAGUCGCCUGUUGUGGAUUCCAAAAUGUCAGGGGGCUUUUAUAACGCCCGCUUUGAAAGCCUAUUGAAGUUCUACUGAGACUCCAACCUUGAAACUUCACACACUUUACAAGCUUGUGUGUGUAAUAUCUGCAUUGUAGGGAAGACAUCUAAAGAAGAAAAAAACAUUUGCAAAAGUGCUGUGUCCCAGAAAGCAAAAUAACUAUAGACUGCAUCAAAAAAGUAACAAAAACUCAAUCUUAGGAAAAAAAACUAAAAAUAUGUUGGAAUAUUUAUAGGAUUCUUGUGUGUAAUGCACCAUGUUUUCUGUUAUGUUCCUGAAGCCACUUGACAUUUCCAGAUGUAACGCAGGCUGAUUUCCUCCUUGCUUUUUUUGCUGGAAUGUGCAGUUUCUCCAAGAAGACUUCUUCUUUUAGUGGAGGGGGACAGAGUUGAAGUAUUUAUAUCGAGACAACUCCUUGUCCCCUUUAAUGAGCCAAAGCCAUGAAGGAUAAUGAGGAUGUUCCUUUUCUCCAAUGGACAAUGAGAUGAGCAGACUUCCUUUUAGAUGAUUUGAAACUUGGCAGCCAGAAACCCCUCCAGAGGAAAUCUCAUUAAAUACUAAAAUGGUAUGCGAGCCAACCACUACCUGCAUCAAUGCACCUUUUGAAUAUGUCAUCAUUCCCUAAGGUUUUCCCCCGGAACGUGUUCUAUCAAUGUGCAUCUUCAAGUACUUGGAGCUGUUCCUUCGAAAUUAAAAGAUGUACGAAAAAUCGAUUUAUUUCCACUGCAUGUUGGUAUUUUCUCAGGAUGUAUCGGUGUCUCUGCAGUUCCUUCAUGCCUGAUGUAACACAACCGGCAAGCUCUGUGCCACACUAAUGAAAACUUUCCCAUUAAAGAAGCCAUGCAUUCUUGUGGAAAAAAAAGUGGGGGAGAAUACAGCCACACGUGCAAGCCUGCAGUAUGUACACACAUGUACACACCACUAACCAACGUGAAAACCUUUUCCCCUCACCUCAUUUCCUCUGGUCUGUUGAACAUGUGCUGCUUGCCUUACCUUCACAAAGGUCAAGUGCAGAACAGGUCUCCAGGCACACAGUCAACUAAUUAAGCAGUAGUGGUGGAAGAUGCGUACCAGCUCCUGGGAUACCGCUGUGGUCGGCAGCCACCCUCAGGGGUGACGAAUAUAUUGUUUCACAUGCAAGCAAGGUAGGGAUUUGCAUUGUAUUGUUGUCAUGCAAAAAUAUAAAAGACUACUAUUCCACACCAGGAAAUAAAGCAAUCAGAUGGUGGGGGAAAAAAUAUCAAUGUACCACUGAAUCUUUCUACUUACUACUCCUGUUUGCAAGAACAAGUCAUAACAAGUCAUUUAAAAUGGUGUUAGUCAUGAAAAUAUAAAACAGCUUCUCUGUAUCUUGAUGCUGUAAUCAGGAAAUACAGGUAGACAAUAGAACUGCAAAGUCUUGAUAAACAAAGGAUUGAAAUAUCUUGUCAGCUGCUAUCUUAUUAAAGGAGAACUUCUUUGACAAAGACUUUCAUUAGCCCUGUCACCAAAACAUUGCAUUUCUAUGCAACUACAAUUUAACAGACAAACAACAUUACAAAAAGCAUCAUUGAGCAUUAAAUGCUAUAUUAACAGAAUGAGAAAAACUUACAUAUAAGUGAGUAAGAGAAAAGUUGGGGGUCACCCAGACAAUUUCUUGUUUUCCAGAAAAACUCACACUUUUAUUCAUAUGCGAACAUACCUGCACAAGUGUUUUCUAAUCAUCAAUUAGUCUUUCAACACCAUUAGCUAACACAAUGUAGCAUUAGAACACAGGAGUGAUGGUUGCUGGAAAUGUUCCUCUGUACCCCUAUGUAGAUAUUCCAUUAAAAAUCAGCUGUUUCCACCUAGAAUAGUCAUUUACUACAUUAACAAUGUCUGGACUGUAUUUCUGAUUCAUUUAAUGUUAUCAUCAUUGGGGAAAAAAAGCUUUUAUUUCAAAAAUCAGGACAUUUCUAAGUGACCCCACACUUUUGAAUGAUAGCAUAUAUGGCUACUGAACAUAUAUCAACAUGCAUUAUUAUUAAAAUCUAGAUAUUUUUCCAUACCAAAAUAUCCAAAUCAUGCCAUACAAUCUCCAGUUUAGUGACUACAACAUUAUGAAUUUUUGUUGGUUGUUUUGGUUGGAGAGUUGCUACACUUGAUUAGCUUGGAAGGCAAAGACAACUGUAACAUUGCACCUAAACAACAUGGGAAAUCAAUUUAGUUACAUAAAAACUAUCUAGAACACUGGGUUGCUUUGAUACCACUUACAUGUCUGCGUCAUGUGCCAAAAUGCUGUAAUUUCUAUCCAGAACCAGUUGCCAGGCAACUAGAGGAGACUCCAAGAUAGUCCAUGAGACAGUUUAAUGCAUAACCCCGCCUGCAAGAUGGUGAACUUGCAUUUUUACGUGUACGUGUUUCAUUAAUCAGAUGUGACAUAACACGUUCAUUCAUGCUGAUUUAUAGUCCUUUUAUGCAGAGCAAAGUUAGCGGUUUCUUCCAUUUCAAGCUCUUGAGCUAAGCCAGUUAGUCAGCUGCUGACUGCAGCUUUAAUUUAACAGACAGAAGAACUGCAUCUUCUCAUCAUGUAACUACAAAAAAAGGCGAAUAAACAGGUUUCUUAAAAUGUUAAAGUAUUUGAGUGCUGAAUUAUGAACAGAUGUGGUAAAUGGUCUUUCGGUGGUGAUUUGCAGUUUAUGUCCGUCGAUUUUUUUUUUUGUUACCACAGCGGCUUCCCCCUGCAGCAAUAUUCCAAACUACCAAGUCAUUUGCUACACAGAAUUAUAUUUAAAUGGUCUUUUGUUGGGGGGAGAGAAAAAAAUCAAUCUGGAAGACAAAUGAUUACAUGCAAACUGUUACGGAGGCUGCAUAUUUGCAAGUAAAACAACUGGUUGGUGUUGGCAGAGGACUGUGCUCUGCUCGCUGCCUUCCAUUUAAAUGUGGGAUCACAGAGGAAGUCAAUUCAGUGUAAAGGACUGCGCCCAAGGGAGCCCCCGAAGGAGAGGAAGGGGUACGCAAUGAUAACAGACAUGCUCUCCAAGAUGCCUGAUAAAUGUAGUCAGUCUGAGUCUGUAACUCAGAUAAUUAAGUCCUUAUUCAGCUGAGUGAAUGUGCCUGGAAGCGUGUUCAGGAGAGCACGGCACAAUAGGGAGCUCUGCCAAAUGACCACCACUUACACAAACUUUCGCCACUUUUGUCUUUCUUGCCAAAUCCCAGAGCCCAUCAGCCUCAAAUAUAAAUAGCACACAGCUCCUGAAACUUAAAAAAAAGACCCAGCAGGUGGUGAAAAUGAUUAGCAUUUCAUUCCGAAAACCUUGACUAUUAAUAUGUGGGUAAAACAACUUUAAGCGAGUAAGAAAGGCUUUACAAUACAGGCGGAAUAUGUUUAUUGUUAAUUUCAUGCAUUUAAUGUAUGAAACUGAUAUCUCUGCAAUGAAUUUCUUUUCUGUUUUCCUUUCUGUAUCUAUUGUUUUUGCUUUGCCUGCUUUCCAUCUCAUACAUUCUGGAAUCUGUGCAAGUUUUAAAUGUGAAACAUUAAAAAGUGAUCUCACA